AUGAAUAAGAGAACAUUAUGCAAUGAUGAAAAUGAUGAUGAAAAAAAUAAAACUGGAGUAAAAAGAUACUUGAUGAGUAAUGACGAUCCUUUUGAAAAUCAAAAAUUAUACCAUGAAAAAAAUUGUACUCCAAAAUUAAACUCAAAUAAUCCAUUACUUGAAAUGAAGGAAGAGGAGUAUAUGAUAAGUAACAUAAAUAGCAGCAUAAACGUAGGAAGUAGCAACAACAUAAACUGUAACAGUGGGAAAAUUGAAAACGAUGAAAAUGAUGAAAUUAAGGAAAAUGAUGAAAUUAACGAAAAUGAUGGUGACAAUGGUAAUAGUAUAAGUAACGACAACAAUGACGAACUUAACAGGAAUUCUAAUUCUGACUACAACAAUAUGAUUAGCAGCAAUGCCAACAGCAGUGCCAACUAUAAUGUUAACAAUAAUGUGGACGAGUUCAUGUAUAAUACUAGCGGCAUUAUCACAAACAAUUUUGGAGGAUGUAACAAUUUUAACAAGAAUAACGAAAAUGAUUGUAAUAAUCCCUGCUCUAAUAUAUACUACUCUGGGGAUUGCAAAAAAAGGAAGGGUAGUAGAUAUGUUAUGCCAUUUUUAAAAAAAGAAAAAAAUAGUGUAAAUACAGAAUUACUUUUAAAAAAUGUACCAACGGAUGCAGAUGAAGAAGAUAUAAAAUCAUUUAUGCGUCCAUUUGUAAAUAAUAAAAUACCUGAAAUACUUUUUGAUGAAGAUGGAAUAGUCGUUAAGUUACAUGACGAUGAACUUAAUGAAGCAAUUUUUAAUUACUUCAAUGAACAUCCUACCCAAAUAAAAGGUUCUUUUGUAAAAGUGAAGCUAGCAAGAACCACUGAUGAUAGUAGUAAUAAUAACACAAACGGAAAUGCAAAUAGCAGCGCGAAUAAUAGUACUACUAACAUUGCGAAUGACUGUGCUGCGAACCUUAUAAAUCAGGAAAAUUUGGAGCAUGAUAUUAAUAGUAAUACUAUUAACAAAUAUAACAAUAGUAGUAGUAGUAAUAAUAAUAAUAAUAAUAAUAAUAAUAAUAAUAGUGGAAACCAGAAGGAUGUGAUAGACGCGGUGGACAAAAAAAAUAUAAAAUAUAAUAAAAAUGAAUGCUCAAAAGUUAUCCUAGUAUCAGUUGUGAAUAUACAUUACCCCGUUGAUAUAGAAUUAAUUUAUUAUUUAUUUAGUAAAUGCGGAGUAGUAGAAAAAAUUAUCACCUUCUCAAGAAACCCAGUUGUAUACCAAGCAUUAGUACAAUUUAAAAAUAUUGAAACAGCAAAAGAAGCUAUUAAAAGUUUGCAUAACAGAAAUAUAUAUGAUGGUUGUAAUACUAUUCAAAUACAAUACUCUUUUUUAAAAGAAUUAGUAGUGAAGGCAAAUAAUUCAAGCUCAUGGGAUUAUACUAUUUCCAGUGUACAAAAAAAUAAAUAUAUACCCAAUUUUCAAAAUUUGCACGGUGUCUUACCUACACCAACAAGAAAAAGUAAAGACUCCGAGUUGUACCAAUUAAUAGAAAGAAAGUUCAAAUUGGGAGAUUUUGAAAUGAAAAAUGCAUCGAAAACGCCUGUACUAAUUUGCUACAAUAUACCAAAGGAUUAUACCGACGUGAAUAAGCUCUUUAACCUAUUUAGCGUAUAUGGCUUUGUGUCAAGAAUUAAAAUAUUAAGAGAAAAACCCGACUCGGCCCUUAUCCAGUAUUCAAGUCAUUUGUUUUCUUCAUUAGCCCAGGAAUACUUACAGCACGCAAAAAUUGGAAAUGAAAUUAUCGAACUGCAUUUUUCGAAAAUACAUGAUAUAAGAAUUUCACCACAGCAAAAAAGGAGUGAUAUGUACAAGGCCAAACUGUUCAGCAAUUAUGAUCAGAGAUAUUUGAUGGCCGAUCAAGUGAAAUACAUAAAAGGAGCGUGCAAACCGACUAAGACUUUAUUUAUAUCGAAUGUGAGCGAGGAUGUGAAUGAAGAAUGCAUAGUAAACCUACUUAACAAAUACGGAGAAAUUAAUAAGUUAAAAUUUCAACCAAUAAAAGAAGGAAAAAAACAUCUAACCAUAACUGUUGAGUUGAAUUCUGAAGAUUCGGCAACGAGAGCAUUAAUGGACCUGCAUAAUUUUCAUUUAAAAGAUCGUUCUAUAAAGGUAUCGUACACAAAAACUAGAUUAGUUUAA